AUGUGUUUACGGCCACCACUAGCUGUUCUGCAGGUUGAUAUUCUUCACUUACAUCUCCGAAAAUUAGACAUUGAACGACUUAUAAAGCUAGCUGAAACAUUUGAUCCCUCAAAAUCUGCAGUGAAAGGACAUUUGGCGUGCCAUCAGGUGGCACGUGGAAGGACUUUCAGUCAAGGUUCAAUGAGUUCAUUAUUAUCUCUCAAUUUUGGGGAGAAUCCGAACUUGGAUGUUUCAUAUGCAGCUACUCAACGGAUGGUUGACUUUUUUUUUGAUAUUCUCCUGGUGUUGAAUAAAAAGCGUGAUAAACUUAUCAAACCCUCUGAACUUAACAAAGAUUUACAGCCAAGGCCUCUUAUUCCAGAACCGGUCACCAGCUUUGUUCCACCCCUUCGCUUUUCAUCUCUGUCUGCCUGUCUCUCCUUUACAUUCUCUUUUCUUUGCUUUUCAUCUUUGUCUGCUCAUCACUCCUUUGCAUUUCAUCUGUUUGCCUGUCUCUCCUUUGCUUUCCAUAUCUGUUCACCCAUCUCUCCUUCGCAUUUUAUCUGUGUCCGCCCAUCUCUCCUUCAUGUUUCCUUUAUGUCAGCUAGUAUCUUCUUUCCUUUUCCUUCCUGUGCACCCAUCUCUCCUUUACUUUUCAUCUUUGUCUCCUUUUCUCUCCUUUGCUUUUCACUUUUGUCUCUCCUUUGCUUUUCACUUUUGUCUCUCCUUUGCUUUUCACUUUUGUCUCUCCUUUGCUUUUCACUUUUGUCUCUCCUUUGCUUUUCACCUUUGUCUCCUGUCUCUCCUCUGCUUUUUGCCUUCAUGUCUCCUUUUUUUUGCCAAGAAAUCUCCUUUCUUUUUCCUUUGCUUUGUUUUUUGCCUUUGUCUCCUUACUUUUUUUUGCUUUUCACUUUUGUCUCUGUUUUUUUGCUUUUUUUUCUCCUUUGCUUUUUUCACCUCUUUGCUUUUUCACCUUUCAUCCUGUCUCUCCUUUGCUUUUUGCCUUUGUCUCUCCUUUGCUUUUUGCCUUUGUCUCUCCUUUGCUUUUUGCCUUUGUCUCUCCUUUGCUUUUCACUUUUGUCUCUCCUUUGCUUUUCACUUUUGUCUCUCCUUUGCUUUUCACCUUUGUCUCCUGAAGCAGCUUUUUUUUUGCCUUUUCUCUCCUUUUUUUUUGCCUUUGUCUCUCCUUUGUUCUCCUUUUUUUUUCACUUUUGUCUCCUUUGCUUUUCACUUUUGUCUCUCCUUUGUUUUUUUCACCUUUUCUCUCUCUUCAAAUUUUUUCUAUGUCUGCUUUUUUUGUCUCCUUUGCUUUUUGCCUUUUUCACUUUUUUUGUCUCUCCUUUUGCUUUUGCCUUUUUUCCAAAACUUUUGUCUCUCCUUUGCUUUUCACUUUUGUCUCUCCUUUGCUUUUUGCCUUUGUCUCUCCUUUGCUUUUUUUGCCUUUGUCUCUCCUUUUUUUUCACUUUGUCUCUCCUUUUUUUUUCACUUUUUCUCUCCUUUGUUUUUUUUGUCUCCUGUCUUUGUCUCUUUUCCUAUGUCUGCUUUUUUGCCUUUGUCUCCUUUUUUUUUUUUUGCCUUUGUCUUUUUUUUUGUCCUUUUUGCCUUUGUCUCUCCUUUGCUUUUUUUGCCUUUUGUCUCUUUUGUUCUCCUUUUUUUUCUUUUUUUUCUCCUUUUUUUCACUUUUUGUCUCUCCUUUGCUUUUCACCUUUGUUCCUGUUCCUCUCUUUUCCUAUGUCUCUUUUUUUUUUUUUUUUUUUUUGCCUUUGUCUCUCCUUUUUUUUUUUGCCUUUGUCUCUCCAAAUUUUUUUUGCCUUUGUAAAGAAAUUUUCCUUUUUGCCUUUUGCCUUUUGUCUCUCCUUUGCUUUUUUGCCUUUGUCUCUCUUUUGCUUUUGCCUUUGUCUCCUUUUUUGCUUUUCACCUUUUGUCUCUUUUUUUGCCUUUUUCUCCUUUUGUUUUCACCUUUUGUCUCUCCUUUUUGCUUUGAAGAACUUUUUUUUUGCCUUUGUCUCUCUUUUUUGCUUUUUCAACAUGUCUCCUCCUUUUUUUUUUUUGUCUGUUUUGCUUUUUCUCUCCUUUUUUCACUUUUUUUCCUUUGCUUUUCACUUUGUCUCUCCUUUGCUUUUCACUUUUUGUCUUUCCUUUUGCUUUUUCACCUUUGUCUCCUGUCUCUCCUUUGCUUUUUGCCUUUUUUUUUUUGUCUCUCCUUUUGCUUUUUCACUCAUUUUGCUUUUUCUUUUGUCCCUUUUUGCUUUUUUCACUUUUGUCUCUCUUUUUGCUUUUCACUUUUGUCUCUCCUUUGCUUUUUUCUUUGUCUCUCCUUUGCUUUUUUUGUCUCUCUCCUCUGCUUUUAACCUUUGUCUGCUUUUUUUUUCUUUGUCUCUCCUUUGCUUUUUGCUUUUUCUCCUUUGCUUUUUCUUUGUCUUUUCACCUUUGUCUCUUUUUCCUUUGUCUUUUCACCUUUAUCUGUCUUUAUCUAUUUUUUUUUGUCUCCUGUCUUUUUGUCUAUGUCUCUUUUUUUUGCUUUGUCAUUUUUUGCUUUUCAUCUUUGUCUCCUUGUCUCUCCUUUGCAUUUCAUUUCUGUUCCCCUAUCUUUCCUCUGCUCACCUUCUUUCCUCUCUCCAUGCAUAUCUUUUUGUCGAAGACAAGUCUAAGAAGAGUGAAAAAAAGUUGCUAUAUCAAUCAACUUUGAUUGGAUGUGGAACUUACCAUGUUGCACUUGUACGCAAUGGAGAUCUUUAUGUAUGGGGCCGAGCUCGUGCAGGCUGUCUUGGCCACGGAGACAUCACUGUCGAAGACAGUAUCUUGCCAGUAAGCAGAGUGGAAACAAUACAUAUGCUGAAAAUCCGGGUAUUAGCUGUGGCAUGUGGAGGAGAGCACAUUCUUGCACUAAGUUCUCAAGGAGUGUACAGCUGGGGUUCUUCCAAAUAUGGGCAGGUUGGAGUGGGUACACGCCACCGUUACAGUCGACCCAUGCUGGUUGAAGCCCUGUCCAAUGAGAGAUGUGUAAAAGUUGACUGUGGACAGUAUCAUUCCAUUGUUCUCACAGAGGAGGGCAAAGUGUACACAUGGGGCUGGGGCAUCCAUGGUCAGUUGGGACAUGGAGAUGCUGAGAGUUUGCUUGUGCCCACUCCUGUCACAUCACUGUCAACAGUUAAAGAGAUUCGAUCCUUUCUCUCUCUCUCUUCUUUUUUCCUUCUCUCUCUCUUCUCUCUUUUCUCUCUCUCUUCCUUUUUUCUCUCUCUCUCUCUCUCAUUUCGUUCCUUUCUCUCUCUCUUUCUCCUUUUCUCUUUUCUUUCUCUCUCUCUCUAUCUCUUUUUUAAUUUUUUUCUCUCUCUCUUUUUUCUCUCUUUCUCUCUCUCUCUUUUUUCUUUUUCUCUCUUUUCUCUCUCUCUCUCUCUUUUCCUUUUCUCUCUCUCUUUCUCUUUCUUUCUCUCUCUUUCUUUCCUUUCUCUCUCUCUUUCUUUUUCUCUCUCUCUCUUUCUUUUUCUCUUUCUCUUUCUUUCUUCUCUUUUUCAUUUUCUCUCUCUCUCUCUCUCUCUCUCUCUUCUUUUCUUUUUCUCUCUCUCUUCUUUUUUUCUUUCCUCUCUCUCCUUUUAA